UAAGUUCUCUCAAUCUCUUGAAUCCAAAUUCUUUAACCCUGUUUAGUGAGACUGCGCAGAACGAAUUUAACCCCUAUUGCGUUCCGGUGGUCCGGCCAGACCUCUUGAAAAAUAUCAGAAUGUUGGGAUGUCGUGCUCCGAAUCCCAAGCCUGGCCUACUAUGUCUGCCAGACGAUAUACUGAUUCUAAUUUUGGGACAUCUUGACUUUCCAACCCAGCUGAAAAUGACGCACAUGCAUCUCCGAUUCCUGGAAGUAAUGCCCCAUGUCUGGCGGUCUCGGGACAAAUCUGCGAAUCUCUCCCUGAUCGAAUUGCAUUUAAGCGACAAGGAUCUCCGUUUCUUCCUGGGAAGCACCCAAAGAACACUCAAUGCUCUCCGGUUGAAGAUGGAGAAAAGGUCAAAUUUCGAUGUCCUUACGAAUUAUGUAUUUCCAAAACUCGACGAUUUCCGCUUCUCAACGCAUUCGUUUUCGUUGAAUGAUUCGGAUUUACCAAAAAUGAUUAGGAGUUUUCCCAACUUGAAAACUUUCAGUCCCCAUGGAAGGUUCACUGGUAAGCACUUGGUCGAGUUCCAGUUCCUGGAGAAUCUUACGUUGUCGUACUGCAGCAAAUUCGAAGUCAGCAACCUAAUUCACAUUCUAAAAACCAGAAACAUAAAAAGUCUGAAAUUGGGAGUUUUUGAUACAAGUCAGCUUGAAUCCAUCGAUUUGCCCUUGGAGGGGAUAAAAAACGUAGAGUUGCUGCAGUGUGACUGUGAGGAAAUGAGGGUAUGGUUCCUGAGGAAUCUGGAACACCUAACCCACUUGAAGCAGCUAUUUCUUUGUGGCCAAAUUUACGGCGCCUUUGUCUGGGAAGUGCUGAGGUGUGCAAAACGGAGUAAUAUCAGAAUUCUGGAUAUUAACUUCUAUGAGGAGCUUGAUCAGAUUCUCAACCUUAAUGUGCAAAUACAGACAAUGAAGGUAGGAAGGCUCAUCCGUGUAAAUAGAGAAAGCAGAAGCUUGUUAAACUUUGAAAAUAUCAAAGAAAUCUAUUUUAAAGAUUCUGUCUUUGAUGAACUCGGUUUUAAGCAAAUAAUAAAUAGUCUGAAGACUACUGAGAUCCUAGGCCUAAGUGACUGCAAGUUUGGUUUUAAGGAAUUCACAUUUUUAGCAACGGAGAUUGCCAAGGAACGUCACAAAACACUCAACAUAUAUUUGGGUGAAAACCUCGUCUGUCAUCCUGAUGAAUUUUUCCCGACAGCACCUAUAAUAUGGAAGGUAGAUGGCGAACAUAUGUAUUUCAAGCUUCGCACGGAGCAUCCAAAAAUAAGUUAUGGUUGUGAUCCAGUUUCAAUUUAUUUUGACUGACUUUAACUCUACUGAAAUUUAAAAUGGCAAAGCCAAUAUUCAAUUGUUAUCUAGUGUAUUAUCUGAAUUUGUGUCGAAUAAAUCUGUAUUUAACAAA